AUGGCUGGUGGAAGCACUGUAGGGAAUGCUCGCCGAGCGGGCAAGUAUAAUAAGCCAACGAGAGGGGGCGGCAAGCACUUCUCGCGAAACCUCCAGCCUGUGGAUGCCGACGGUAAUCAGAUCAGCAUGUGGAGCGCCAACUCGGACGAUAAGUCGGGCACGGACGAGGAAGAGUCAUCGGACGAAGGGUCAUCGGACGAGGAAGCCAGCGAUGAUGGCGGCCCGUCCAAGGCCAGCGCCGCGGAUGCCGCCGCCGACAACAACCGCGAUGAACGAAAGGCGCUGAAAAAAGCUCGCAAGGAGGCGGCCAUCGCCAAGCAACACGGUCGCACCGUCGAGGUGGGAGAUCUGCCGUCCAGCGAUGAGGAGAGCGACGAGGACGACAUGCCGGCGAACCCGAAUCACUCCAAAGCGGCUCGCAGCAUGACCAAGGCAUCGAAAAACGGCGUCGAGGCCAUCACGGACGGCGUCGAAGGCAUGAAGAUGCCGGCGAGCCGGCGCGAGAGAGAGGCCCUCGAAGCUGUCGCCGCGAAAGAGAGAUACAUGAGAUUGCAGGCCCAGGGCAAGACGGAUGAGGCAAAGGCCGACCUGGCGAGACUGAGUCUCAUCCGCGAGCAGCGUGCCGCCGAGGCCGCACGACGACAGGCUGAAAAGGAAGAGAAGGAAGAGCAGGAAAAGGCCCGGAAAGCUGACAUUGAAGCCAGGGAUGCCAAGAAGCGCGAGCUUGCCGCUGGGCCCAAGAAGGGAAGCAAGAAGAAAUAA